CUCUUCAAUUUGAUGUCCAAACAAAGCAAUUUAAAGGAAUUUUCUCUUCUCUCCAUUUCUCUCAAUCCAAAGGGUUAGUGCGUGAUGAGAGGAGACUGGAGACUGGAGAGCAUGGUGUUUUUAGGAAAUUAAAAUUUACAGACAUGGCGAGAUUCUCAGCUGGCGGAGAAGCAGAUGAAGGACCAAGCAGUCCAAGGCGGAACAGGCAGAAGAAUCGCGAUUCUCCUCAACAAGCGUCCUGGCAUGAUCCAGAAGAUGAAGAAAUUGAAUUAGUAGAGGAUGAUGAUGAGGUAUUAGAGGAGGAAAAUGACCAAAAUGAAGAAGAAGGGGAUGAGGAGGACGAAGAUGACGAGGAAGAGGAAGAAGAAGAAGGAAGAGGAGGAGAUGAUCACCCAUCAUUGAUCAUGCCCAGAUCAUCUAAUCGUCCUGCCGGCGUCGGACCCAUCAGAAAUGCAGCAAUUUGCGUGACUCUAACUGACCCAGAAGUGCUUGAUUGUCCCGUCUGCUACCAUUCCUUAACCAUUCCCGUCUUUCAGUGUGAAAAUGGGCAUACAGCUUGCUCUUCCUGCUGCAAAAAAAUUUCACAUAAAUGUCCUUCCUGCUCUUUGCCUAUUGGCUAUAAUCGUUGCCGGGCCAUUGAAAAGGUUCUUGAAUCAGUGAAACUACCAUGCCAAAAUCUGAUGUACGGUUGUGGAGAAAUGGUUAUAUUCAGCAAGAAAUUUGACCAUGAUAAGACCUGCAACCAAACACCAUGUUCAUGCCCUCUAUUGGGUUGCAGUUUUAUUGGCUCAUCCAGGCAGUUGUACCAACAUUUUAGCAGCAAACACAAGGGUUCUGCUACACACUUCCAAUAUAAUAACACCUUUCCUGUAUUUUUUACCCUUAAUGACAAAUCCCAUAUUCUUCAAGAAGAGAAAGGUGUUGUAUUUAUUCUGAACAACAGAGCAGAAAUCCUUGGAAAUUUGAUCACUAUUAGUUGCAUUGCUCCCUCUUCAUCAAAUGGGGGAUGCUACUAUGAGAUUGCAGCAAAAAUGGAGGGAAGUAAUCUUAGAUUUCAGUCCUUUACAAAGAAUAUUCAAAAGGUUAAUGAUGAUGAUCCUCAUGCUGACGAUUUUCUUGUAAUUCCAAAUAGUUUCUUCGGUUCUUAUGGGCAGAUCAGUUUGGAUGUCGGCAUAUGGCGUUAUGGUGUAUAUCCUGCAUGCAUUCAGAAAAGAACCAGUGCAAAUUCUCAAAGAACUACCAGUACAAACAUGCAAAGUAGCACCGAUGCAAAUGUGCAAAGCAGUACCGAAACAUAGUUGAUAAUUUUGUUUCCAAGUAGCAUGUGCUCUUCAGAUUGGCCUAGUUUGAUGAAAAAUUUCAAUAGAUGGUUGGGUUUAAAUCUUUUGCA